UGUACUAUCAUGGAUGAUUAGGAAGGUAUAUAUUGUGAAUUUUAUAUUACUAUGAAUAUGAUUGGUUAGUGGAGUUAAAAGUGUUUUAAAAAGUUUAUAAAUUAAGGUUGGAUGGGAAUGGAAGACAAUUGAAUAAAUCAUUUCUCACUGGAUUUUAAUUUGUUCCCUUCAAAUCAUUGAUGGAUUUCGAUUCUGAAGGUUCUCCUCAGCUUUCUGCAACCCAAAUACAGGAUGCACUACUCCAACAACUCCAUGAAAUAAAGCACAACGAAAUGUGCAGUGAUCAUGACUUCCUCAGUCAUAUGCCCGGCAUUGAGGAAUGCCAUGGCACAAAUUUACGAGGCUUUUGGUUCCCCAAAACGACUGAAUCCUCCAAAAUUUCAGGGUUUGUUAGCAGCCCACCAGAAUCAAAGUCGAUUGAGGAAAAGGUCACCUCGUUAAUUUUGUCACAAAACUGGGGAAGAGAUGUUUUAGUUCAGUUUUGGGCACCCAUAGUAACAAAAAAAGGGCGGAUGAUGCUAUCUGUUAAGGGGCAACCUUUUGGAAUGAGUUACCUCUUCAAUGGGUUCUGUGGUUAUAGGCACUCUUGCAUCCGGCAAGAAAGCCUUGUGGAAGAUAUCAAUCAGUUAGGUCCCCUUGGAAGGGUGUUCUCACAAGGAUCGUUAGAGUAUUGUUUGGACAUACAUUAUUGUUCGGAUGAGGAGUUUCCCUUGAAGCAUAUUGCUAAACAUUGUGGCAUUAAGGCUUACUGCGUUUUGCCACUGUUUGAAUGGAAUCAUGAUUCGCAACCCUUUGCCGGCGUUCUUGAGAUCCUCUCUUUUCAGAACUAUAUUAGUCCCGAGACCUUGACCAUUAAGAACAAAGGUUUAACAAUUACAAAGCCACAUUGCCGGGAGUGCCAAAAAGUAAGUUAAUGUUGAAGAUCUAGCUAAAAACCUUCCAUUCAUUGGGAAUCCUAAUUUUUUGUAACGGUAAUUUCUACCUGCUUACAACCCUGCUUCAUGAAACACUUGUUUCACACUAUGAUGUGCUCAAGUUUAUGAAGAAUUGGGCUGGACACGAUGACUCUGAAGUUUGGGUUCCCUGUAUCUGUGAUAAGGGGCAUUAGUGGAAGUUAGGGGAAUGAAAUGGAUUGUACAUUUGGUGUGUUGACUAAAUUAAAAAAGUUGUACAGUUUCAAACUGGACUAUUUUUGUGGGACAGAGGAAGUAUAUAAGAUUUUUACAGAUAUUACAAAUUCUUGAUUGUGAGCUUUAAAAUGAAUAUUUUUGAAAAUUGCUGAGAAACUCCCGACUUCAGAAGUCCUUUCAUUUACAAGUUUAAACUUUCAACCUAUUGUCAUUUUGGCCCUUAAAGUUCCAUUUGUGUACUAUUUAGUUUUCAAGUCUAUCGAUUU